UCACGUGCUCAGGAAGUCGGACAGUCUGACGGGAAAUGACAUCAGAAGCUGAGAGAAAGAACCAGACAGAGUGAGCGGCCGAGAUCGGGGCAAGCGGCGGGGAGAGGUGCCGUCUGUAUUAUGAUGUCAUACUGAGGCAUCCGUCAGCGUCUCCCCCGGAAUAUCCCUCGCCAUGGAAACAGAAAGCGAACAGAACUCCGGCUCCACCAAUGGGAGCUCAGCGUCAGGCGGCAGCUCGCGUCCCCAGAUAUCUCAGAUGUCCCUGUAUGAGCGCCAGGCCGUGCAGGCUCUGCAGGCUCUGCACCGGCAGCCCAACGCCGCGCAGUACUUUCACCAGUUGAUGUUGCAGCAGCAGCUCAGUAACGCGCAGUUACACAGCCUGGCAGCCGUGCAGCAGGCCACGAUGGCCGCCAACCGGCAAGCUGCCUCUCCCAACCCGAGCUCGGCCCAGCAGACCAGCACCACCCAGGGAUCGCAGGCGAACGUCGCCACGAGCUCGUCAGCCCAGCUCCUGAGCCGAGCGCAGAACGUGACGGCGCCCAGCGCCACGGCCCUCACCCAGUCCGUACUGCUCAGCAACGCCAGCUCUCCUCCACUCAGCCAGUCGCAGACACAGAUGUACUUGCGGCAGCAGCCCCAGCUGGGUAACCUGUUCCCCGUCAAUCGCUCCCUUGGCCGCGGGAUGCCCCUGAACUCCCAGCUCAUUCUGAUGCCCAAUGGCUCGGUGGCCGCUGUCCAGCAAGAAAUGGCUUCCCCGCAGAACCAGGCUAUGCAUCAGGAUUCUGACCAGGUUCAGAACUUGGCCAUGCGGGGGCAGCAGACAGGGGCCCCCACAUCCACAGCUGCUGGGCCCCCCAUUUCCCAGCAGACACCCCAGUUUACCAAACCUGCGGUGCACCCUUCUCCCUCCACAGUUGCCCCUCCACAGCUGCCUUCCCCGCCGGUACCCCAGACAGUGAAGAGCCCCGCGGGACCCCCAGGGGGCACAGUGAGUCAGGGCAGUCAGACAGAGACGGAGGGGAGAAAAGCCGAAGGGGACGGCGUGCAGCAAAGCGUGGGCAUAAACCUGACGAGAGCCGCGACCCCGGCGCCCAAUCAGACCUUAAUCAGCUCCGCCACUUACACUCACAUCCAGCCUCACUCGGUGCUGCAGCAGAAGCAGGUGGUGUUCCAGCAGCAGAUUGCCAUCCACCAGCAUCGCCAGUCGCAGCUCGUCCAUGCCUCCACUCACCUGCAGCUCGCUCAGCCGCAGCAAGCCCCCUCGCAGCAGAGUUUGCAGAAUCCGCCUGCUCAGCAGACUUUGGUCGUCCAGCCUAUGCUGCAGACCUCCGAGACCACCCUGCCUACCAAAUCUCCUGUACCCAUUCAGCCCAAGCAGCCGGGCAAAGGCGUCCCACCUCUAAAUCUCCAGGGGCAACUUGGGGCAAAACCUUCUCAAGGCACCAGAGCAUUGCCUACCCCGCCGACCAGCCAGCCUCACAUCCCUGUCCAGCUUGUAGGCGCCAGGCAGCAGGGUCCUGCCCAAGCGCUGGCACUGGGGACCAUCCAGGCUCCGUCGCAGGGUUCCACCCUCACACAGAUGACUUUGCCGCCGUCGCCGGCCCCUGUGCCCACCGCCGUGUCUGGCACGCUUCAGGAAUCGCAAGGCGGGUUUUUCGGGGUGCUGCAGGGGAAGAUGUCGGUGCCGGGGAAGAGGAAAGCAGAAUCCGAGGAGGACAGAGAGGAGUCCCCUGCGCUUCCCGUUAAAACGUCUCCACCUGCGGAUACUCCCCCAGACUUGGUUGAGAGCAGCACCCCAGUGGAUAAGUCUGAAGCUGCCUCUCAGGUUUCUCCGGUGCUCUCCGUGUCCUCGGCCCCCGGCAUCCCCGCUCUCUCCAUCACCUCUCGCCAGCACAGCGACUCCAAGCCUCCUCAAGCCAUUGUCAAGCCGCAGAUCCUCACGCAUAUCAUUGAAGGCUUCGUCAUUCAGGAGGGAGCAGAGCCCUUUCCCGUGGCCAGCCCUCAGAUGCUUAAGGACCCGGACAAGCUGCCAGCCUGUGGGACCGUUGUGUCUGCCAUGGAAAGUUCUCCUUCAGAACCUGCGGGAGAACCGGCAGUAAGCGAUUCUGGAAGCUCUAAGCUCUUGAAAUGCGAGUACUGCGGGAAGUUCGCGCCGGCGGACCAGUUUCGCGGGUCCAAGAGGUUCUGCUCCAUGACUUGUGCCAAGAGAUACAACGUCAGCUGCAGCCAUCAGUUUAGAUUGAAAAGGAAGAAGCUGAAGGAGCUUCAGGAAGCCGGAGGCGUGCGAGCCCGGAGACGCGGGCCGCGAAGGAACAGCUCUGAGAUCGCACGGGCCAAGAUCCAGGGCAAGAGGAUGAGGGAGGACUCGAGUCGAGGAUCUGAUAACUCCAGCUAUGACGAGGCGUUCUCGCCCACCUCCCCGGCCCCUCCAUCCUGCAGAGCAUCGCACGGGGAGCGGGACGGGAGUACGCCCAGCAGCGCACCCUCAAACUCUGACCUCAUGGGGGUUAACCCCGUGUUUCUCUCGAGUAACCCCAGCCGCUGGAGCGUGGAGGAAGUGUAUGAGUUCAUCUCCUCUCUGCAAGGCUGCCAGGAGCUGGCUGAAGACUUUCGAUCUCAAGAAAUUGACGGGCAGGCGCUGCUGUUGCUGAAAGAGGAGCAUCUGAUGAGCGCCCUGAACAUUAAACUGGGACCAGCCCUGAAAAUCUGUGCCAAGAUCAACCUGCUGAAGGAAACCUAAUUAGACCCCUUUACCCGCAGGGGCUUCGAGCCGCAGGAUCUCUCAAGGGAAAAACGCACGGAGAGGAGCGGAAAGAGACAAAGCAGCCGGUGCCCGGGGCUCCCGCUCCACGUUCUCCCGACAUCUUCUUAUCAUUACUCUAAAUAUAUAUCCUCUGUAUGUCUGUUUCUGUCCAUCAGGCCGGUUGGACGAUGGGCGGCGAUACUCGGUACCAGACAUUAUAAUGUUUUAGAGCCA